UUGGAUCUUUCUGACAGAUCUGUCAACAAACUCAAAAUGAAAAUAAUCGCAACGAGUCGAAUAUUGUAGGGUUCCAUAAUUUUUUUUUCCGGUAGAAGUAUAUGUAUACCCGAAAUUAAUGGGCCUCCUUGAAGCUCGAUAAUGCCGAAAGUAACAUUCAACAUAGAAAAAUUAAAUGAAACAUUCAAUUGGCCGGUGUACUAUAGAGAGGUCGGGUACUAUGUCCGGAGAAGAGAAGAAUACGAAAGAAGUUUGAAAUAUUUCGACCAAUCGCUCAAGAAAGAACCGGAUAGCAUCAGAACUCUGAAAGGAAGAGCUAAUGCUAGAGCGAAAGCUGUUAAAUUUACUGGUGCCCUAGAAGAUAUUCAAAGGAUAUUGACAUUAGAACCUGAAAAUAUAUAUCUGAAAGCAGAAAGAGCGUUAAUAACAUAUUUGGGUUGCGAAUUCGAAGAUGCUCUCAUACAAAAUUACAGGAAUGUUCCACUUAGGCAGAAGCCGGACAACUUUGUCAUGGGUUGUAUGCAUUGUGAAGAUGCCAUACUGAACUGCAUAUCCGAGCGCGCUGGAAAACCAUUACGGGACCAUUUCAAAAUCAUCAGAAAAAUCGCUUGGACGAAAACGAUCGAGAAUCAGAGACCCUUCAAGCCGGUCGCAAAGUACCGCAAGAAGAGGAAACGUUCUAUGUUCGUAGUACUACCGACGUCUGUCGCCAAGAGCGAGAAAAAGAAGAAGGAUAAAGAGAAAAGCGACGAAGAAAAGACCGGCUUAUCAGACACAUCCACGGGGAAAUUGAUGGGUUCCCUAGCAAUGAUUGUCGAUUCGUCGUCGAUAAAAGACAGCUUGUAUAGUCACGAAUCCUCAUUGAACCAGCUCCGAAUGCCACCUGCACCACCGUUUCCACAUCGGCCGAUGCAGAAUCGCACGAGUAACAUCGAUAAUUAUAUAGCGGAGAGAUAUCUGAAUAAACUUUACCAGGAUAAGCAAUUUUUGAAAAUCCUUCCAAACAGCAGUGGUACAAUGAUAGCCAAUGAAAAAGGAUCACUGAAAAUAAAACAGUUGGCAAUUCAGGGUUACAAAAACGUGUAUAAUACUCAGGAAAUGCUUCGGGCACGCAGACCAUUUUAUUUUAUUAAGUACCAAGAAGCAAGAUCGUGUGGUAAGCUAGACCAGAGGAGACAGCAUACAUUGAGGUUACUCCAAGAUAUGGCUACAAAACAAGCAGAUUAUAUGAUCUCUAAGAUCCAGGAUGAACUGAAGAAUCGUAAAGUGCGAAGACUUUUUGAGUUCGCUGAGAAAUUGGUCAGCUUCUGUGAAACUACGUCGAAGAAAGUUUUUCCGAAACGACAGCAAUACAUGUCUCGAAUGCUCGAUAUGGUUUGCGAAGCAUUCUAUGUGACCAAGAAAUUUUCGAAGAAUAUGACCGAGGAGCAGAAAGAAGAUCGAAUCAAAUUGAUUCUGGGCUUACCGAUGGAAAAGUUCCCGUCAACUGAUUCUUUGGCCAACGAUAUGAAGGGAUGGUUUCUGGACUAUAAAAAGAUGUCUGCGAUCUACGAGAAACGUUUGUUCAGGGCGGAAAGUCCGGAGGAACUCGCUUGGCUCUAUCAUGAACUCUCAAGAUUUUCGUUCGAGUUGAAGAAAUACGAGCUGGCUAGAAUGUAUGCCAGGAAAUGCAUAACUGAAGCAAACACCUGCAAAAAAUUGAAAUGGAUAAUGAAUGCUAUGAUUCUGAUAGUCAGGAUUGAUAUCGUGCAGAAGAACAAGAAUGACGCUAAAAAUCAGGCUAAGCAUGCAAAGAAAAUCGCUACAAGAUUGAAGGACGACGAAAUGGCUGAUUUCUUGGAAAGGUGCGUCAAUUCAAUAGAGGAAUCCACAAUGGAUGAUAUGCUUGGAACCAAGCUUCUGGAAAUGAGAGAAAAGCAAAUCAUCAAAUUAUUAACCACGCAGAAGAUGAAGGACGAGGCAGCAUAUUUGUUCAGGAGAAUAUCUACCCUUCCAAUGAAUAAGAGAAUGUCGGUCAUGCCUGGUUUCACUUUUGCGGAUGGCAAGUCGAGGAAAUUCACCUCUUCGGAGUCCCUUUUGGGCGAUGUUGCCAAAAAAGAAGAAGGAAAGGCGGCAGGUACGAAGAAAACAAGAGGAGUUGCAUUCCUCAACUUUUUGUGAAUCGGUGUAUGAUCGGAAUAAACAAAUUGAAGAGACAAA